AUGAAUAUGGCCGGCAUGAACCCCGCGGUCAUGGCAGCGGGAGGAUCCGUCGGAGGUGGAAUGAUUAUGAUGAACAACGGCAGCCCGGCGACACAAGUCAACGUGGGCAACUCUCCAGAACAAGUCAAGGCGCAGUUAAACACCUAUAUCUACGAAUAUUUCCUUAAACUCGGCCACUACGAUAUCGCUCGAAGCCUGCUGCGUGAAAAGGAAUUCGAGCUCCGUACAAAGCCCCCGGUCAAACAGAGUCCCGGCCGUCGCAAAGAUGCAGAAGUAAACGGUGUUGAUGGAGAUGCCAUGGAUACCGAUCUCAAAGACGACAUUCCCGACGACCUGCCUCGCCCCAUGCACGUGGGAGACGCCAGCACUCCCGGCGUCGGCUUCCUCUUCGAAUGGUUCAGUAUCUUCUCCGACCUCUUCACAGCGCAUCGUUCAAGUAAGAUGCAGGGUGGUCAAGGCGGGAAUAUGGGCACCGCUGCGCAAUAUUUGAUGCAACAUCAGAAUAUCCAGCGCAUGCGGGAAAACCAACAGAGCCAGAACCUCGCCCGGCCCGGCAUGAUGCCUGGCAACCGAUUCAUGCCAGCCAACAUGCGCAACAACAUGAUGAACGGUAAUGUCUCGAGAGAGAUGACCAGCAAGAUGACUCCGCAGCAGCUGCAGCAACUUAAGCAGGCGCAAAUGCUUCAGCAGCAACAGCAGAUGCAACGAGAACAGGGCGAUGUAGACAUGAACGGUCGCGCCUCGUCGCCAGCAGAAGGCGAGAACGGUGGGUCGCCGUCCAAGAGACCACGACUCGACGGUCAACAGUUUAACGGUGGCAUGAUGCCUAAUGUGCGGCCAGGAAUGCCUAACGUGGCGCCACAAAACAUGAUGAUACAGAAUGCUUUCCAACCCAACAUGAAUAAUCCUCAGUUCCGACAGAAUGGUGGCAUGCCGCAGAAGCCCAUGCAGGCUCAAAUGGCUAAUGGCAUGAUGAACAUGGCCAACGCUGGAUCCCCCAUGAUGCAAGGCAUGAAUCCUCAAUUUGACAACAACAUGCAAAUGGACAUGUACAACCAAAGGAUGGCCGGCCAGCAACUACAAGGCGCACCCGGCGGAGGCCAAAGCGGGAACCAUGCUCUUCAAGAUUACCAAAUGCAGCUGAUGUUGUUGGAACAACAGAACAAAAAGAGGUUGAUGAUGGCACGGCAAGAACAAGACAAUGCCGUCAAUAGAGAUGGCGGUCCAGGCGGGCCUAUGGUAGGCAUGCAGCCUGGGGGCAUGUCGCCAGGCAGCCGGACUGGCACUUCGCCCAAUCCUGUGGACCAAAUGAAGCGGACUCCACAACUAGGUCUUCCUGGUUCACCUUCCGCAGGCGACAUGGCAAGGGGUUCGCCAGCUGCUCCAAUGGCUUUUAUGAACGGUAUGCCCGGCGGCGGCGACUUCAACCCGACGAUGUUCAUGAAGGACAAUCAAGGCAUGGUACCCGGUGGUCCGGGCAUGAGGCCGCCAACGUCGAUGGAAAUGCAGAACAACAUGGCUCGCCAGCAGCAGGCCCGGAUGGCCGGUCAGUUCCAGGGUGGGCAACCCAUGGUCCAGAACCCGUCCCAAGGUCAACCACAGCCCAUGGGUACCCCUGGACAGAGGAACGAGAUGCCACCUCCCCAAGCGCCGGCAGUUAACAAUCCUCCACGCAACCAGGGUGGCUCUCCUCAAAGUGGCAAUGCACCUCCCACACCAUCCACUGGUAACAAACCCAACCCCAAAACGAAGAAGGCCAAAGAGGAAAAUACCAAGAAACGUCCAGCCAAGAAGAAUUCCACGGCAAAUGCUCCCGCAGCGGAUGCUGAACCCCCUGCAACGCCUACGCCUUCCACCCCGAUCACGCCGGUGCAUCCGCAAGGUUUCAAUAAUUCGGCCGGUAAGGGUGCUGCUCCCGGCAUGCCCAACCCUAACCAGGCACCACCGCCAAACGCAGUGAUGCCACCCAAUCCGCAAAUGCAUCAAACAGAUCUAUCACAACAGAGUUUCAGCGAGUUCAAUGAUGCCGGUAACUUCAACCUUGAUUUCAGCUCUUUGGAAAACAGCGACGUUUUGGAGAAUUUCGACUUUGACAGUUUCCUCAAUACCUCGACCGAGGACACGUUCAACUUCGACAACCCUAUGGGCAUUGGAGGAGACUUUGGCGUCGAAACCAACGAAUAG